UAAUCUGCCGCUCAAGAAUCAACUCCACACUACUGCUACCAAGAUUCAAUUCUGCCUAUUUGUCAAUAAUCUACCACUCAAGAAUCAACUGAGUUACCGGUAAAGUUGAAAACUUUUUUCUACUAAUAUAGACUUGACGGCCUCCACCACUCUUCAAUUCCCCAGAAGUUUGAACCCAUUGUAGAACUUUUCCAUUCUCCUUUCGAGUCAUCAAUGGCUGCACCCUUCUCCCUCAUCGCCUUCCUUAUUUCCAUUUCCACUCUCUUCACGGUAUCGGAAUCCUUUGAUUUUCUGUACAAUGGAUUCAACAGAUCAAACCUGAACCUGCAGGGAGCCACCGUGAUCAGACCAAGCGGCGCGCUUAAGCUCACCAACAGAUCACACGACGCAAUCGGCCAUGCAUUUUACCCCACCCCACUCCCUUUUCUCAACUCCACUUCACAUAACAACAACGUUGUUUCCUUUAGUACUUACUUCGUUUUCGCCAUAAUCCCUCUUGGGACUAACCGAGGCGGAUAUGGCUUCGGUUUCACUUUAUCUCCAUCCAUGAAAUUUCCCGGCGCUCAAGGAGACCAUUACCUCGGAGUCUUCAACUCCAGCAAUGAUGGGCAGGAAUCAAACCAUGUUUUCAUGGUUGAAUUCGAUACUGUGAAUGGGCAUAACGAGGGGAAAGACGAUGACGGGAAUCACAUCGGAAUCAACAUCAAUGGAAUGGGAUCGGUGGCAUCGCAGCCGGCAGUGUACUACAUUAACGGCACUCGAAAGACGGAAGAAGUGAAGUUACAGAGCGGGGAGCCAAUCCAAGCCUGGGUAGAUUACGACGGAGUUAAUGAAACCGUUAAAAUCACCGUAUCUCCCAUCCAUGUCCCAAAGCCAAGCCGGCCAUUAAUGUCUGAACAGAUAAAACUCUCAUCUGUGAUGAAGAACCAAAUGUACGCAGGUUUCUCAGCCGCCACAGGGGAAAAUUUGGCGAGCUCUCAUUACAUUCUGGGCUGGAGUUUUCGCCUCAAUGGACCUGCCCCUCCGCUUAAUCUUUCCCAGCUCCCUAUUCCCCCGCCGGAGAACCAAAAAUCCGCCGGAAAAACCAAACUCAAGAAGGCCCUGAUUGCCACUUUCUGCUCCCUCUCAUUCUUAGCCAUGGCGGCGUGGGUUUUCCUAGCGUUAUACAAAAGGGUGAGGCACUUUGAGGCUUUGGAAGACUGGGAAUUGGAUUGCCCGCACAGGUUUCGGUACAAAGAUCUUUACACGGCUACCCGGGGGUUCAGAGACAACGAGCUGAUCGGAGUUGGAGGGUUUGGGACGGUGUACAAGGGCGUUAUACCCACUAAUGGAGUUCAGAUUGCCGUGAAGAAGAUUAACAAGAAUUCCCUUCAAGGGGUGAGGGAAUUUGUGGCGGAGAUCGAGAGCUUGGGGAGGUUAAGGCACAAGAAUUUAGUAAACCUACAAGGUUGGUGCAAGAACAAGAAUGAUCUUCUUCUAGUCUAUGAUUAUGUCCCCAAUGGAAGCCUAGACUCUUUACUCUACCGACCAAAAACCAACAACAACAACGUUGUACUAACAUGGGAGCAGAGGUUUAACAUCGUCAAGGGCGUGGCUGCCGGGUUGCUCUAUCUACACGAAGAAUGGGAACAGGUGGUGGUCCACCGAGACAUCAAGUCGAGCAACGUCCUAAUAGACGGGGACAUGAAUGCCAGACUAGGCGAUUUCGGGCUGGCCCGGUUGUACGACCACGGCAGAAACUCCCACACCACCAACGUUGUGGGGACAAUAGGGUAUUUAGCGCCGGAGCUGACGCGAACCGGGAAAGCCUCAACCGGGAGCGACGUCUUCGCGUACGGCGUUUUACUUCUCGAAGUAGCAACCGGAAGGCCUCCGGUGAUCUACAGUAGCAAAGACCACGGCCACAUGGCGCUGGGGGAUUGGGUGGUGGAGUGUUUUCAACGGGGGAGAAUUCUCGACGCCGUUGAUCCUAAGUUGAUUAGGUGUGGCUACGUUAUUGAAGAGGCGGUGUUGGUUCUUGGGCUUGGUCUUUUGUGUUCUCACUCUCAACCGGAAGCCAGGCCGGCCAUGAGAGAGGUGAUGAGGUACCUUAAUGGAGACGAAGAUUUUGGGAUUGAAAAGGCGUUGGGGUCUCUGGGAUCAAGAAGAGUGGAUGAAAUUACUUCUAAAUUUCUGGGGGUGUUCUCUACAGGCACAACUACUACGACAGCAUCAUCAUAUCGUCACUCAUCGUCCAUAGGCCAAAUAUCUACUAGUUCUUUUGAAGAUGGUAGAUAGCAAGCUAAGCAAGCUUAAUUAGCUUCAUUGACGACAUUAAUUCCUUCUAGUAUUUUGGUUUGUUAUAGCAUGGGCUACAAACUUGCAAUUUUU